AUGUGGAGCUACAUGAUGGGCCUGUUCUUGCAGCUGAGGUCAUGCUUCAGAACCCCAAAUGUGUGGUGGCUUAUCCCAACGUGUUCCGGGAACCAUGGGCUAUUGUUGCACCAGAGACCAUGCUGAGUCUAGGACACAAGUUCUAUGUUGUCCCCAAAAGCACUGUUCGAAAACUUCAACGAAUGUCCGACAAGCAUUCUCCUCAUCCAAUGCAUCAAUCCAGUGCAAGUGAGGAAAAGGAAAGCAGCAGGGUUUCUUCCACUUGUUGGUUUGGAAAAAUUAGUAAUCUAAAGGAUGGAUGCAGCUUCUCUGAUGAUAAAUGCUUCAAGGGCAUGAUUUCUGGGAGCAAGACUAAAGGGCAAGAAGUGGUGAUUCCAAGGAGGGAAGAGGACAUACAAAGAAAACAGCCGCGGAACUCACAAAGGAGUCACCAAAGAGAUUUUCAUCAUUUGAUCAUUGGCAACCUGUCUUGAGAGUAUUGUUGAAGAGCAUACUGUUAACUAAGUGGGUUUGUUUCAACUUUACUGUCCAAGGACCAAGAUUGAUGUGGUAGGAAGCUCAUGAAGGGGAUGUUUUAAUGUAAAUUGUCAUAUCAUGAACUAGUCUCAAGUUGUUUGCCAAAGAAAAAAAGAACUAGUCUCAAGUUUGUGUGCCUUGAAUCUUGCAGAUAAUCUCAUCUAUUAAUUUUACUAGAUGUUGAAGGUAAAUAGUUGUUUUAGAAAGAAUGAAAACGUCUGUAGGCA